UCGCUGUGACGUAAAUAAGAUUAUGGCACGUGAUUGUUGGCGAGAUUGUAGGUUAGGGUAAGGGUACGCAUUGGGGCUAGGUCCAGGGUUAGGUUUAAGAAUUUGGGGGAGAGGGUUAGGGUUGAGAUUAGCGCUAGCGCUGUGUACAUCUCGUGACCUAUGACGAAAAAUUGAGCUGACUUAGCACUAAUCGCCUAUUUUAUUCUCAAAUGUUGAUAACGCAUCGGACUAUAAUAUUCGUAGAAUAUUUUUCUGGAUGAAAAAGACUAAUUCCCAGCUUGUUGUAUAAGUGACAAGGAGGAGUGGGGUCGCCUAUCCAACCUCGUUGUUAUAUCACGGUACAUAUCACUGUUACGGUGAAAUAUAGAAAUAAGUCUACACUUUGUGCAAAAAUGGAUGGUGUUGAGAUGGUUGAUGACGAAGAGGUCGGAGAUUCUAGGGCUAUUGAAGAUAAAUAUAACAGGUUAGAAAAAAUCUUAUAUAGCAGACAAGGAGCUGAAAUUAGUAAGAAGAUUUCUGAAUUUUGUCUGGAUGAAGUGAAGCAACUUUGUAAAUUAGCUCUAAAAAGAAAAUCAUUGAAAAAAUUGAAACUUGUCUUUUCAAGAAGAUGUGUUCUCUCUUGUGACUAUGAACUAGAUUUAGCAGCUAACCGAGAAUUAAUAUCAAGUGCUAUAGAAUCCGAUUUCGUCGAGGGUCUCGUUUAUUUAUAUGAUCGUGGAUUAGUUUUAGAUUCAGACGGAUGUAAAAAAUACAGUCAUAGAUUAAAAUCAGAACGAUGGAGUGCCCUGGCUGAGGCUGUUCAGAAUAUCAAGUAUAAAGCAACGGAAUAUAUUUUAUCUAUUCCUACUGUAAUUAGUACAGAAACAUCCCGUGAAAUAUUGGCUACUGCAAUCACCCGAAAGGACAUCCGAAUUGUAAAAUUACUUGUAAGGAACUCUGAAGUACAAAGUCAUAUUACUACUGAAAGUAUACCUCUCAUACCUUUAUGCUUUUGUGACAAUGAGGAAUACGGCACAGUUGUGGACGAAGAGACAAGACUUGAAUUGAUUAAAGUAUUAGUAGAUGCAGGGUCAUCUUUAGAUUUAUGCAACAAACACGGUCAAACACCUUUAAUGUUAGCUGUUGUGAAUGGAAUGUUCACAAUAUUUAAUUAUCUACUAGAUAACCGAGCCGAUGCCAAUUGUGUUGAUCGGAAAAGACAAAAUGUUCUUCAUUACUUGAUAUUAUCAGAUCCAGAUACAUCCUCCAAUAUAGAACGAUUAAUCAAUAUUGAAUCCAAUUUCAAUUAUGAACAAUUUUAUGAGUCCAAUUAUAAAUAUUUUCAAAUAUCAUAUAUUCAUUUCGCUGUAGAAUACGGAAAGUUUAAACUGGCAACUCAUUUAAUGAAAUCUCGUCACGUGGAUGUCAGUUUGAAGGAUGAUAGGUAUAAUAACCUUCUACACCUUGUAGCACAGCAUAACAGCGAUCAAAGUGUUGAGUUUGCCCAAUCACUUAUUGAGAAAGGAAUAGAUGUAGACCAUCGCGAUAAUGCGGGAAAGACACCGCUACACACAGCAUGUGCAUAUAAUAACAUUAAUAUAACCAGGAUGUUAUUGGAAGCACGGUCCGAUGUGAACGUAAAAGACUGUUAUGGGACCAGUGUUUUAAUGAUUGCUGUUGGACACCAGAACAUGGAGCUAGUGGAGCUUCUACUAACAUAUGGUGCUGAUGUAAAUGGAACUAAUGUUUUACUGAAAGCUGCUCAAUAUCGCAAUAUGAAAUUAGUAAAACUUCUUACUAAAUACGGUGCUGAUGUAAAUUUUAUAGAUUCACGAGGCGAAAAUGUAUGUCUAAAUUGUUUUUAUAAACAAAACGAAGUAAGCCGAAUAUCAAGUUUUGUCUUCAUCAAAUUAUUUAUUGAUCUGGGCUUUGAUAUUGAUAGAGUGAACUAUGAGAAUGGAAUCCUGUACGCAGCUGCCCGCACCAAUGAAUUACUCUCAUUUCAGCUUUUAUUAAACUCAAUUACAAAACUGGAUCGAGUUGAUGACAUGGGUGAAAAUAUAUUUCAUAUUCUAUCCAAGGUGAAGGGUUUCUCCUAUUCUAAAGUAGUAUCAUUGUUUGAGAAGGAGAACCUUAAAAAACAGAAAAACAAAACUGGAAACACUCCUCUAAUGCUAGCCUCUUUUCUAUUAAACACGGGCUAUUUGGACGUGUCCACAACAAAUGGAAGAAGUGACGUUGUUAUACAAAACAAAUACGGUCAUACUGCUCUUCAUAUGUGUAUGUUAGGCUUCAUUAUGUCAACGGCUAAGCUGGGAAGCGGGGGUGAAAAUCGUCUAAAGUUCAGAAAAUGUGUUAAAUCCCUUCUUAAUGCCGGAACUAAUGUUAAUAUUCAAGAUAAUAAUGGUGUUACACCUUUAAUGAUGGCUGCAAUGAUAGAAGAUAAAAUUAUUAUAAAAUACUGUAUGAAGUUUGGGGCGGAUAUAACAAUUUUAGAUUAUAAAUAUGAAAUGUCUGCUUUGCAGUAUCUUAGUUUCAAGUCGAGCUGUGUCUGUCUUCCGGAACUACUAUCUAAAGAUCGCAAUGCUCUAGUAAAUUUACCGGGAAAAGAUGGUAACACUUUGAUUCAAAGAGCUCUGCUGUUUCCAUUAUUUUGGGAUCCUAAAGAAUCAGUGGAUAUCAUCUGUUAUUUACUUGCUGUAAACUGUAACCUACAACACCUUCAGUCAGUUUCUACUGAACGUAAUUAUUUCACGGAAGAUAUCGACCUUGAUGACUUCAACUUCAAUGAAAGAGAUCGAUUAAGGAAGUUGCUAUAUCUGAGUGGGGCACCUGAAGAAGAGAUCGUCUUGUCCUUGAAUUUCGAAAAAGAAGAUGAAGUUGAUGACGAUAUCACAGAUAACAGACUUCAUUCUCGUCACCGGGAGCAGUUUAAAUUAUUUUGCAAUAACAUUUCACUUCAGUCGCGAUGCCGGAGGGUCAUCCGUCAGAUUGUUGGUUCCAGACUUCACAUCUUUAUUGUUGCUUCCAACAUACCACAUUUACUUUACAAAUUCCUGUUUCUUGAAGAUGGUAGCGGAGGGGAGGUAGACAUUACUUUGAACCACAAAUAUUUUGUUACUCGUGAAGAUCAGAUUGAAGAUAGGGGUGGUGAAUAUGAUGAGGAGGAGGGUAAUGAUGAUGACAGUCCUAAUGUUGUUGAUUUCGAUGAUAGGGGUGGUGAAUAUGAUGAUGAGGACGAUGGUAGUGAUGAUUAUACCACUGUUAAUUGCGAUGACGCUUCUUUGAGUUCAAUCAAAUCAAUGUACGGCCAUGUAAAGUAUAUUAAUGUUCAAAAUAACUGACCUGUAUGUGUUUAGGAAUAGGAUAUAUUAAACCAUGUUCUACGAUUUGUGAAGUUUAUUAAGUGCUGGAGAAUACCAUGAAAAUAUACUGAUCAGAAUAUAACAAUGAUUUUAUUUUAUACUGAUUUGGGUUUUGCAUAUUGAUUUUAAAAGAGUGCCUUCGUAUAUGUUGUUGUUAUGUAUGAGAAUUUAGAUUUGAGAGAGAGAAAGAGAGAGAGAGACUAACAUAUAGUUCAAUUUUAUUUCAAUAAUUCGCUAGCGCGUAGGGGUCUGUAGCAGUGACAUUGUGUAAUAUUUUGGACAAUAAAUCAACAUAAAUAUAUAUCUCAAAUUAAAUUUCCAACUUUCACUUCACAAAUUGAUGAAGAUUAUGAUUUAAAAAAACAAGCCAACAGUGAGGCUGAUGUCCUCCGGCGAAAUCCCAAAAUAGAUUGAUGACACAUUUUAAUUAAUUGCAAAUUUAUUAAUUAAAAAGUAUCGAACAAUCAAAUUUAAGUAUUUGGGGAGAGAGAGAGAGUUUAACGUCGACUCGACACAAUCUAGGCCAUUUCAGGACCAACAUAUGGUUCAAUUUUAUUUCAAUAAUUCGCUUCUACCCUGAAACCAUUUUAUUUAUUUACCAAUUAGUAAACACCACACACAUACGGGACGUUAGAGAGCAUCGUAGAUUCAGUUUACCAGUCACAAUGUGCUUAGAACGGUCUUGAGAAUUCUUUAGAGACGGUAUUUUAUAAAGUUUCUUACGUAAGAAAAAGUGAAGCAUAACUUUGUGCUUACUUUAAGAAUUUUCUAGGAAUCGGGCCUGGAGAAAACCCACGAGGUUGGACAGGCGAACUUACUCGAGUUUUUAGCUUGUGGUCCCUCUAGAGGUCACAAUUAUUAUCUGAUUUAAGAAACCGUUCGAAUAUAUCACCGUUACACCGUAUUGUUGGUUGGGUUCGAAUUUCAUAAAAAUCGGACCGAAACCGCCAGAUAAAAUGCCCCCCCCCCCCCCCUACUCAAAUAGUGUAAACAUCUGGUAUAGCAAGGUUGUGGACCCUCUAGAGGUCACCAUUUUGAUUCGAUUUGAUGAAGCUUGAAAUACAUGUUUAUAACCCAAUGAUCUUGGUUGCUUUCGAUAUUCGCGCAUAUCAGAUCGUAACUUCCUGAAGUAUGUCCCCUCUUUGUACGAAAAAUCGUGUUUUUAGCUUGUGGUCCCUCUAGUGGUCGCAAUUAUUUUCCGAUUUAAAAAAAAAAAUGUUCGAAUAUAUCACCGUUACACCGUAAUGUUGGUUGAGUUCGAAUAUUUUGAAAAUAGGACAAAAAAUGCCAGACAAAAUGGCCGCUCCUCAAUGCAAAUAGUGAAAACAUCUGGUAUAUCAAGGUUGUUAAACCCAAAGAUCUUGGUUGCUGUCGAUAUUUGCGCAUAUCGGAUCGUAACUUCCUGAAUUAUUGCCCCUGAUUGUACGAAAAAUCCUGUUUUAGCUUGUGGUCCCUCUAGAGGUCCCCAUUAUAAUCUGAUUUACAAAAACGUUCGAAUAUAUAACCGUUAUACCGUAAUAUUGGUUGAGUUCAAAUUUCGUGAAAAUCGGACCAAAACUGUCGGACAAAAUGGCCGUCCCUCAUACGCAAAUAGUGUAAACAUCUGGUAUAUCAAGGUUGUGGACCCUCUAGAGGUCACAAUUUUGAUCCGAUUUUGCUGAAACUUGAAAUACAUGUUUAUAAACUACCGAUUUUGGUUCCUUUCGAUAUUUGCGCAUAUCGGAUCCUAACUUUCUGAAUUAUGGUCCUUGAUUGUACUAAAUUUAGGUCACAAUUUUUAUCCGAUUUAAAAAGAAAACGUGUGAAUAUAUCACCGUUACACACUAAGAUCUCGGUUCCUUUUGAUUAUCGAGCAUAUCCGGACCUCUAACUUCCUGGAUUAUAGUCCAUGAUUGUUUGAAAAAUCGCAUUUUUGGCUUGCAGAUUCUGUAGAGGUCACAAUUUUUUUUCCGAUUUUAAAAACCAUUUAAAUAUCACCAUUCCAUCAUAAUGAAGGUUCAGAGUGGAGCAAUUUGACUGAAAUUUUUAGCUUGUGAACACUGUAGAGGUCACAAUUUUUAUCCGAUUUGGUUUAAACUUGAAAUGUAUGCUUAUAACCCAAAGAUCUCGGUUCCUUUUAAUAUUCGUGCAUAUCGGAACGUAACUUCCUGAAUUAUGGCCCCUGAUUGUACGAAAAAUUGCGUUUUUAGCUUGUUGACCCUAUAGAGAUCAUAAUUUUUAUCCGAUUUAAAAAACCGUAUUAUUAUAUCACCGUUACACCCUAAGGAUGACUGAGUUCGAAUUUCGUGAAAAAAUCGCCCCAAAACUGACAGACAAAAUGGCCGCCGUUCGUUCUCAAAUAGCGUAAAAAUAUGGUAUAUCAAGGUUGUGGACCCUGUAGAGGUCACAAUUUCUAUCCGAUUUUGUUGAAACUUGAAAUGUAAGUUUAUAACCCAAGAUCGGACCGCAACUUCCUGAAUUAUGGCCACUGAUUGUUCGAAAAAUCACGUUUUUAGCUUGUGGACCCUAUAGAGGUCAUAAUUUUUAUCCGAUUUAAAAAAAAUUAUAUCACCGUUACACCCUAAGGACAGCUAAGUUCGAAUUUCGUGAAAAUCAGCCCACAAUGGACAGACAAAAUGGCCGCCUCUCGUUCUCAAAUUGCGUAAAAAUAUGGUAUAUCAAGGUUGUUGACCCUAUAGAGGUCACAAUUUUUAUCAGAUUUUGUUGAAACUUGAAAUGUAAGUUUGUAACCCAAACAUCUCGGUUCCUUUUGAUAAUUGCGCAUAUCGAAUUGUAAUUUCCUGAAUUAUGGCCAUUGAUUGUAGGAAAAAUCACUUUCGUUUUAGCUUGUUUUCUAUCCAUCUCUCGAAAAUGUGGGCGUAUCCUGCCUGGCAGCCGCUGGUUAACUAUUAUAGUGAGAACUGCCAGCUCUUUAUCUAAUCUCAUGUAUCUUUAAACAAAAAUACAUUUUAAAAAUCUGAUAUGACAAAUGUCUGAUUUGUAAAACAAAUAUUGAUAUUAAGAUACAAAUGUUAAUUUUAGUGUACAAAUGUUGCAAUACAACAAAUGAAGAAAUAGGAAUUAAGAACUGUGAAUUAAGAACUAAGAAUACUGAAUAAAGAGCUGUUUGAUCUUCCAUA